AUGGACGCCCCGGAGCCGCAGCCCGACCCCGACGGCGGGGACGCCCCGGGCCACGAGCCUGGAGGCAGCCCCCAAGACGAGUUCGACUUCUCCAUCCUCUUCGAUUAUGACUAUUUGAAUCCUAUCGAAGAAGAACCCAGCGCACAUAAGGUGGCCAGCCCGUCCUCCGGACUCUACCCCCCCGAUGAUGCCCUGGACUAUGGCCUCAAGCCAUACAGCCCCCUGGCCAGUCUCUCUGGCGAGCCCCCUGGCCGGCUGCGAGAGCCGGAUAGGGUGGGGCCCCAGAACUUUCUGAGCCCGGCCAAGCCACCGGGGGCCUCGGGCCUGAGCCCUCGGAUCGAGAUCACUCCAUCCCACGAACUGAUCCAGGCAGGGGGGCCCUUCCGCGUGAGAGACACUGGCCUCCUGGGCGAGCAGCCGCCCCUGCCGGGGGUGGCGGCCACCCCGAGGUUCACGCUGCCCGUGCCGGGCUUCGAGGGGUACCGCGAGCCGCUUUGCUUGAGCCCCGCUAGCAGCGGCUCCUCUGCCAGCUUCAUUUCCGACACCUUCUCCCCCUACACCUCGCCCUGCGUCUCGCCCAACAACGGCGGGCCCGACGACCUGUGCCCCCAGUUUCAAAACAUCCCUGCUCAUUAUUCCCCCAGAACCUCGCCAAUAAUGUCACCUCGAACCGGCCUCGCUGAGGACAGCUGCCUGGGCCGCCACUCGCCCGUGCCCCGUCCGGCCUCCCGCUCCUCGUCGCCUGGUACCAAGCGGCGGCAUUCGUGCGCCGGGGCCUCGGUUGCCCCACUGCCCGGAGCCUCACCCCAGCGCUCGCGGAGCCCCUCGCCGCAGCCCCGGGACGACGGCGCCCCCGCCGGGUACCCCCCCUCGGCCGGCCCUGCCGUCCUCAUGGAUGCCCUGAACAGCCUCGCCAGCGACUCGCCCUGUGGGAUCCCCCCCAAGAUGUGGAAGACCAGCCCUGACCCGUCGCCGGUGUCCGCCGCCCCGCCCAAGGCCGGCCUGCCCCGCCACCUCUACCCGGCCGUGGAGUUCCUGGGCCCCUGCGACCAGGAGGAGAGGCGGAACUCCGCCCCCGAGUCCAUCUUGCUGGUGCCGCCAACCUGGCCCAAGCAGCUGGUGCCCGCCAUUCCCAUCUGCGGGAUCCCAGUGACCGCCUCCCUCCCCCCGCUCGAGUGGCCGCUCUCCCACCAGUCCGGCGCCUAUGAGCUGCGGAUCGAGGUGCAGCCCAAGCCACACCACCGAGCACACUACGAGACGGAAGGCAGCCGCGGGGCCGUCAAGGCUCCGACGGGCGGCCACCCUGUCGUCCAGCUCCACGGCUACAUGGAGAACAAGCCCCUGGGGCUUCAGAUCUUCAUUGGGACGGCCGACGAGCGGAUCCUCAAGCCCCAUGCCUUCUACCAGGUACAUCGAAUCACAGGGAAAACCGUCACCACCACCAGCUAUGAGAAGAUCGUGGGCAACACCAAAGUCUUGGAGAUUCCGCUGGAGCCAAAAAACAACAUGAGGGCGACCAUCGACUGCGCGGGGAUCCUGAAGCUGAGGAACGCGGACAUCGAGCUGCGGAAAGGCGAGACGGACAUCGGCCGGAAGAACACGCGCGUGAGGCUGGUGUUCCGCGUGCACAUCCCCGAGGCCAGCGGAAGGAUUGUCUCCCUACAGACCGCGUCCAACCCCAUCGAGUGCUCCCAGCGGUCCGCCCACGAGCUGCCCAUGGUGGAGAGACAGGACACCGACGGCUGCCUGGUGUACGGCGGCCAGCAGAUGAUUCUCACGGGACAGAACUUCACGGCCGAGUCCAAAGUCAUGUUCACCGAGAAGACCACAGAUGGACAGCAAAUUUGGGAGAUGGAGGCCACGGUGGAUAAAGACAAGAGCCAGCCUAACAUGCUUUUUGUUGAGAUUCCUGAGUAUCGGAACAAGCACAUUCGGACUUCGGUGAAGGUGAACUUCUAUGUGAUUAACGGGAAAAGAAAACGAAGCCAGCCUCAGCACUUUACCUACCACCCAGUCCCGGCCAUCAAGACGGAGCCCACCGAUGAGUACGACCCCGCCUUGAUCUGCAGCCCCGCCCACGGGGGCCUGGGGAGCCAGCCCUACUACCCGCAGCACCCCAUGGUGGCCGAGCCCCCCUCCUGCCUCGUGGCCACCAUGGCUCCCUGCCAGCAGUUCCGCUCGGGGCUCUCGUCCCCCGACGCGCGCUACCAGCAGCAGAGCCCGGCGGCCGUCCUCUACCAGCGGGGCAAGAGCCUGAGCCCCGGGAUGCUGGGCUACCAGCAGCCCGCCCUCAUGGCCGCCCCGCUGGCGCUGGCGGACGCCCACCGCUCGGUGCUGGUGCACGCCGGCGCGCAGGGCCAGGGCGCGGCGCUGCUGCACCCCGGCCCGGCCAGCCAGCAGGCCUCGCCCGUCAUCCACUACUCGCCCACCAGCCAGCCGCUGCGCUGCGGGGGCCACCAGGAGUUCCAGCACAUCGUGUACUGCGAGAACUUCGCGCCGGGCCCCGCCAGGCCCGGGCCGCCCGCUGCCAGCCAGGGCCAGAGGCUGAGCCCCGGCCCCUGCCCCGCCGCCACCCAGCAGCAGGGCGCCCCCAGCCAGAGGGCCGCCAGAAACGGGCCCCCGGCCACUGACCAGAAGGAGGCGCUGCCCGCGGGCGUGACCAUCAAGCAGGAGCAGAACUUGGACCAGACCUACUUGGAUGACGUCAAUGAAAUUAUCAGGAAGGAGUUUUCAGGACCUCCCGCCCGAAAUCAGACGUAG